AGUCUUAAAAUAAUUUAAGUAACAAACGAAAAUUAUGAAAAAAAAAUAGUUAAACUUUGUCAUUUACAUUUAUUAAAUUAAAAAACAAUAGCUUUUUUUUUUUCACUAAUUAGUUGAUAGUUUUUUUUAAAAGUUUCUUUCGAAAUAAAAUAAUUAUCGAGUUUUCCAUAAUUAAUUAGACUUGAAUAUGAAAAAAAUUAAUUUUUUCAAAAGUGAAAUCUGCUACCAGUGUAAAAAAUUAUAUUGCGAAACCAAAUAAAAAUUUAAAUAAAUGAUUAUUUUAUUAAUAAAAAUACGCCAAAAAGUAACUUUUUUUUUUUUUAAUAUUGCAUUAAAUUAUUGAUUAUGAAAAAUGUAAAUUAAUGUUUGUUUGCUUUUGCUGUCAGUAGAUAAAAUAAAUUGAAAAUUUAAUUUAAAAAAAUACAAAUAAAAAAGUUAUUUAACUUAAAAAAUGAUUACACUGUGGAAAGUACAUGAAAAUAAAAGAAAAAUAAUAAAUUAUUUAAUAAAUAAACUAAAUUAAUUUAUCAAUUUUUUUUUUUCUAUAAAUAAUGUAAAAUUUUAAAUAUCAAAUUGGCAAAUUCAAAGCCACACAAAUCGUCACAAUUUAAACUAAAUAAUAACAAAAAAAAAAAUUUAUUUAUAUAAAAAAAUUAUUAACUUAUUAUUUAUUAAUUCUUCCAUUAUUAUUUUUUAAAAAUUAUUAUUAUUUAAUAUUGAUAAUAAAUAAUUUUGAAUGAUGAGAAAAUUUGUGUGCUUCUUGAUGAAAUAUUUACUAUUUUUCGUCGCUAAUUAACAGCUAAUAAUUAAUAAUAGAUAAAUAAUUAUUUUUAUUUUUAUUUUUUGUUUAAAUAAAAGAUUAUUUUUAAUUAUGUAUGUAUAUACGUAAAUUGAUUGGAGUCAUGUGAAUAAAUGAAAAACAAAAAAAAAAUGUUAAAAAGAAGGAAAAAAUAAUAUAUUGUUAAAUUAAAAAAAAUAUUGUUUAAAUAUAUUAAUUUUUUUUUAAUUAAGAAACCCGAUAGAAGACAGGAUUAUUUUUAAUUUUCAUUUGAUUUUUAUAUUAAUUUAUUUCUCCGUUGUUGAUCGAUCGCCGGAGAAAUUACUCCGUUUUUAUUGAGCUCACUGCGCAUGCUUGUGUCAAAUUACAUCUGUCAUUCAUUCGUGAAUGUUUGUUUACUAUUUACAACGAGUGUUUACUACCUCGUGUUUAUUGUUUUGAUUAUUUUUAUUUAUUUAUUUACAUCUUAAGGAUGUCUCUUACUUAUGAAAAAAUGCUGAGUGAAAAAGGUAGACCGUUGCUUGUUGUUAGAGGUCUAAAAUUUGGAUGGCACAAAAAAUUAGCAAAUAAUUUGCAACGUUGGGUUUGUACACAGCGUAAUUGUAGAUGUUAUCUUAAAUUAAAUUCUCAAAAUGUUAUAGUUGAAAGUAAUAUAUCUCAUAAUCAUGUGAUAGAUAAAAAAAAAUUAGAAAGAGAAAAAUUAAAUAACUCAUUAAAACGAAAAGUUGAUGAAGAUCCAACAGUUUAUCCUUCGAAACUUCAACCUACUGGAGAGUUUUUCCAGGUUUUGUUAACAGAAGAAAAAGACACAAGCCAACAUGAACUUGCUAAGUCUCAUGCCAAUGGGCUGAUGAACGGUAUAACAGAAGAAGAAGAAAAGAGUAAAAAAAGACCAGCUGAUAUUGAUGCAAAUAUGCAUGAAACAGACAGAGAGAAGGAAGUAUUAAAAAUGACUGAAAUAGAACCUAGUCCUGAAGCUGAAAAAGAUGAUAGUGGUUGUGUUGAUUUAUUACAACAAAAAUCAGAUAUGUUGGGUGGACAAGGAGCACGUUUUAAUUCAAAUAUAUUUAAAAAUUUAAAUUGUGUGGUGCCUAUUAAUGAUAUUAGAGGUGGUGAUGUUACUGGUUAUUUACCUGGUGAAAAACAAUUACGUUGUAAAUUAGCAGCAGUAUUUAGAUUACUUGAUCUUUAUGGAUGGACACAGGGUGUUGGUGGACAAAUAUCAGCACGUUUAAAUCAAGAUCAAGAACAUUUUUUGGUAAAUCCAUAUGGUCUUUUGUAUCAUGAAAUAACAGCAUCAAGUCUUGUUAAAGUUAAUAUGCAAGGUGAAGUUGUUGAUCAAGGAACAACAAAUUUUGGUAUACAUUUGAGUGAAUUUCAGUUGCAUUCAACAAUACAUGCUGCACGUCCAGAUAUAACAUGUAUUAUACACAUAACAACACCAACAGUAACAGCAGUGUCUUCCUUGAAAUGUGGCCUCUUACCAAUUGGUAAUGAAAGUAUUGUUAUUGGUGAUGUAUCAACACAUCAUCAAUUUAUUGGUGAUGCUAUUGAGCCUGAAGAACGUGAAAAAAUAACACGUAAUUUAGGUCCAAUAAAUAAAGUUAUGUUAUUAACAAAUCGUGGUGCAUUAUGUUGUGGUGAAACAAUUGAAGAAGCAUUUUAUAAUGUUUAUAAUACUGUUGUAGCAUGUAAAACACAACUUAAAUUAAUGCCAGUGGGUAUUGAUAAUUUAACACUUAUUAAUGAUGAAAAUAAAAAAAUAAUAUAUGAUGCAUCACGUAAAUCACCAGCAUCAAUUAAAAAAUUAAAAAAACGUUGGCAUAUUGGUGGUACUGAAUUUGAGGCACUUAUGAGACUGCUUGAUAAUGCUGGUUUUCGUACUGGUUAUUCAUAUAGAAAUCAACUUAUUGAAAGUAAACCAUCAAGAGCUAAAAAUAAUGCUGAAAUACCAUCAACUGUAGGAUAAUUAUAUUUUAGUGUUGUGGAAUUUUGUAGAAGCAUAAUUUCACGAA